AUGGAGGCUGAUUGGAUAGGACUACCUAGGUACAGUGAAGCAUAUGUCAGUGGGAUUCAAGCAUUUGUGGAAUAUGCGUUUCCCCUUUUUUCCGUAGGUGAAGAAAUGAAGUGCCCCUGCAAGAAAUGUAAUGGUCAAUAUUGGCAUCGUCAGGAUGUGAUUUAUGAUCAUCUCAUUUGCAGAGGGCCUUCCGCUUUACAUGUCCAAUGGAUAUAUGAUGUCUCGCAAAAGAAAGUCGAAAAUAGUACUGCAAAUAUAGGUUCUGACUUUAUGGAUUGCGAUACGGGGUAUGAUUUUGGUGAUAAUUUAGAAGCGAUGGGGAAGAUGUUUGAGAAUUUAGACGAUGGACCAGGUACGGAGGCUAAAAAGAUUUAUCGGCAUCUGAAAGAGGGAAAACAACCACUAUAUCCCGGCUGCAAGAAAUUUUCUCGUUUAAGUUUUAUGAUCAGGCUUUACCAUUUAAAAUGUAGUAAUGGAAUUAGCAAUUCUGCUUUUGGGGAAUUAUUGGGGUUGAUAAAGGAUGCUUUCCCCGAAGCAAAUAUGCCUUUGUCCUUCAAUGCUGCGAAGGACAUGAUUAGGGACUUGGGCCUUCAUUACGAGAAAAUACAUGUUUGUCCCAAUAGUUGCAUGUUGUAUUGGGAAGCAAAUAAAAAUAAACAAGUCUGUGAUAUUUGUGAGGUAUCUAGGUGGGUUAUACAAGAGAAGAAAAGGUCUGCCCAUAAUAACGAUCCAGAGAAGUUAGUUACUAAAGUGCCAACAAAUGUUAUGAGAUAUUUUCCACUAAAGCCUAGGCUACAAAGAUUGUUCAUGUCCAAGGAAUCUUCCAAAUUGAACACAUGGCAUGCAGCGGGAAGGACGGAAGAUGGGAAACUAAGGCAUCCGGCGGACGCCGAAACUUGGAAGACAAUGGAUGCUAUUCAUAGUACAUGGCCAAUUCUACUUGUAAACUACAACCUCCCACCUUGGCUCUGCAUGAAACAGGAAAAUUUGAUUCUUUCAACGUUAAUAUCGGGACCAGAAUCUCCGGGAAAUAGUAUCGAUGUCUAUAUGCAGCCUUUGAUUGCCGAAUUGAAAGAAUUAUGGGAUGUCGGCAUCCAAACAUAUGAUGCCUUGACUGAUCAUAACUUUAAUUUACGGGCAAGGGUGCUUUGGACCAUUAGUGACUUUCCAGGAUACGCUAUGUUGUUGGGUUGGAGCACAAAGGGUAGACUAGCGUGUCCAAUAUGUCACUACGAAACUUGUUCUGAAUAUCUGAAACAUAGUAGAAAAAUGUGCUACAUGAAUCAUAAAAAAUAUCUCGAUCCUUCACACAAAUGGAGGUUUGACAAGAAAAUAUUCAAUGGGCAGAUUGAAACGAGGCAGAUUCCGGAUCCAUUAACGGGAAAGGAUAUCGAAGAAUUGUUGUUUGGGUUUGAAAAUCAAUUUGGGAAGAAACGCAAGGGAAUGGGAAAGAGAAAGCGUACUUUACUAAAUGUUGGUGGCAUGUCAAAAGACCACUUGGGUGCUCGCUUUGAUUUACAAGAAAUGGGAAUAAGGAAGUCACUUCACCCUGUUAAAGGUGCAGAUGGAGAGACUUACGAGAUUAUGGCAUCCAUCUUUGACAUGACAGAUAAGGAGAAAGAUGUCUUUUGCAAGCUGUUGAAGAAUAUGAAACUGCCUUAUGGCUGUGCUGCUAAUAUAAGUCGUUACGUGCACACAGACGAGAGAAAAGUAGUGGGGUAUAAAAGCCAUGACGCGCAUUUUAUCCUCCACUACUUGUUACAAUUUGCUGCAAAGAAAUCACUAAAACCUGAGGUGGCAAAGCCGUUGAUCAAAUUAAGUGAAUUUGAGGCUUAUGGAGCAAGGUGA